GCAGUCAGAACAAUACUAGGAUGCACGACACGCAAUUUCUCCUUCCUCAACUGUAACCGCCCUUUGCUUUCAACUCGUCUUAUCCAAUCACAAUCCUCCUCGUGUCUUAUACUCCCACUAUUUACUAGAGUUGGCCAAUCACCAAGCUCAUCGCUGAGGCUUCACUCAACGCACUCCGCCAUUUUGUAGCGCUUUAAGAAAACUCAGCCAAGCAACAAAGUUGCGGAUCAGAGCUGCUGUUCUUCUGUAUGCAAUGGACGGCCUUGUUCACGAUAUUGCAGUUGGCACAAAGAGAGGAUCUGACGAGCUGUUCUCCUGUGUUUCCAGUGGGCCUUAUAUCAUGAGCUCAGCAGCCAACGGCAACGACAGCAAGAAGUUCAAAGGUGAAAUCAGAAGUCCUGCCGCCCCGUCCAGAGUUAUACAUGUCCGGAAGCUUCCCAAUGACAUCAACGAAGCAGAGGUCAUCUCCCUCGGCCUUCCGUUUGGCAAAGUCACCAAUCUGCUCAUGCUAAAGGGAAAGAACCAGGCUUUCUUGGAAAUGAAUACUGAAGAAGCAGCACAGACAAUGGUUACUUACUACUCCUCCGUAACACCCGUCAUCAGAAAUCAUCCCAUCUUCAUGCAAUACUCCAACCACAAAGAGCUGAAAACAGACAACUCACCAAACCAAGUGAGGGCACAGGCAGCACUGCAGGCAGUAAAUGCUGUCCAGACAGGUAGCAUGACUCUAGGUGCUGUUGACCCAUCCGGUAUGACUGGCCCCAGCCCCGUCCUGAGAGUCAUCGUUGAAAACCUAUUCUACCCUGUGACCUUAGAUGUCCUUCACCAGAUCUUCUCCAAGUUUGGCACAGUGCUGAAAGUGAUCACAUUCACCAAAAACAAUCAGUUUCAAGCUCUACUCCAGUUUGCUGAUGGCCUGACAGCACAACAUGCCAAGCUGGCUCUAGAUGGCCAGAACAUCUACAAUGGCUGCUGUACCCUGCGCAUUAGCUUUUCCAAACUUACCAGCUUAAAUGUCAAAUACAAUAACGACAAGAGCCGUGACUACACUCGCCCCGACCUGCCUACUGGGGACAGCCAGCCUACUCUUGAACAUCACCAUAUGGCUGCUUUCGCUACUCCCGGGAUCAUCUCUGCCUCACCAUAUGCGGGAGCACACGCCUUCCCUCCGCAUUUUGCUAUACAGCAGGCUGCAGGGUUGACAAUACCUGGGGUUCAUGGAGCCCUGGCCUCACUGGCCAUGCCUGGGGCAGCAGCGGCCGCUGCGGCUGCAAGCAGAAUGGGCUUCCCCUCCCUCCCUGGAACCCACUGCGUCAUGCUGGUCAGCAACCUGAACCCAGAGAGAGUUACGCCCCACUGCCUCUUUAUUCUCUUCGGUGUAUAUGGGGAUGUAAUGAGAGUAAAAAUCAUGUUCAACAAAAAGGAGAACGCUCUCAUACAGAUGUCUGAUGGGACACAGGCCCAACUCGCAAUGAGCCAUCUAAGUGGACAGAAGUUAUACGGCAGACCCCUGCGCAUAACACUGUCCAAACACACGACUGUCCAGAUGCCACGGGAGGGUCAUGAAGACCAGGGUCUCACCAAAGACUACAGCAACUCUCCUCUCCAUCGCUUCAAGAAGCCAGGCUCCAAAAACUACUCCAACAUCUUCCCUCCCUCAUCUACCCUGCACCUGUCUAACAUCCCACCCGCCGUUGUUGAAGAUGACCUGAAGAUGCUCUUUGGUAGCAGUGGUGGUCUCGUCAAGAACUUCAAGUUCUUUCAGAAGGAUCGCAAGAUGGCUCUGAUUCAGAUGGGUUCCGUGGAGGAAGCAAUCGAGUGCCUUAUCCAGUUCCACAACCAUGAUCUUGGAGAAAAUCACCAUCUUAGGGUUUCCUUCUCCAAGUCCACCAUUUGAGAGAAAUAUUCUCUAGAAUGGGUGGGAGUGGCCAGUCAUUGUAAACCUUAAUGAGUCUUAAUCACAAAGCUCACUUCCAUCAUUCCAUUAUUUUAUUUAAGAGGCAUUUUAGUGGACAUUUACAGAUGUACUUUUUAUUUUAGUCAAUUUUUUUAGAACAGAUGUAUUAUUAGUUUCCCCUGAAAAGUUAAUUAACUGUAUGUAUCACUCCAUCUAUUAGUUUCAGGCUAGUUAAGGCUGGUAAAAUGAUUUCUAUAGAAACAGAGACAAACCACUUCAGGCCUUUGAUUCCAUUUGUGCCUUCAGAUUUCUAGAACCUCAGUCAAACUUCUGCAAUGUUUGCAAAUCUAUGGGUAACAGUCCAUUUCAUGGCCUCAGGGCCAAGCAUUGAUGCUCCUAUGAGACAUGGGUAGUUUCAUCAGGCUGAUGGUACAGGCCUUAAACUCUGCGCCUCUGUGUUCUGUAUUUCCCAAUAGGUUUGUUGACAUCAUAUCCUCUCGCUUCAGCAUUUAUACUGUAUUUUAGACAUAGAAUGUUUACAGUCAUUUUUUUUCCUUCAAGUUAAUGCAAUCAUUUUUUUGAAUAUAGUAUUUUCAAGAUUUGUAUUGUUUUUAUACUGUGGGCCAUUGCAUGUUGGCUGUGGUCAGCGGAUCAUUAACUGCUGUACGUUUACUGUUUGUCCUGUACUUUGCGUAGAUGUUCAGUGUCUGGCUUCAUGUUAUUGUGUGAUGUAGAUUAUUUAUGAUAUUCUACUUCAAUGCCCCAUUUAUUUUAUGUAUUCAUGUACCUGUGUGUACACUACAGCUUGAUACCAAAGCCUUUCCUCCAUGUACCUUCCAAGGGCACCCUGUAGCCUCAUGGUAAACGGCAUGUGGCCUCUCUGAGGGGCUUAAUGCUUCCCCAUUCUUUGUAAAGAACAGUACUGUGGGAUCUGUGAUGGAAACAGUUAAAGUGAACUGGAUAAAAGGUGCAUCACAUAACUCUCAGAUCAGACACAAUGGCCUUCCGUGACCUCUGUAAAGUUUGAGUUUUGGUCUUUGAAAUGACAAGUGCCUUUUUAAAAUGUCUUGGUUGAUUCAUAGCAGUCUAUCCUGGGGACAUCCAGCUGCAUUAACUUUCAGAAGAUGUUUAACAAAAGGCUUGAUUGUGGUGGCCCAAAUUUGACACUCGGACCAGAAAAUGUAAUCUUCUCUGUUUAUAUUAUAUUCUUGGCAAUGUUUCAUAAUUGAUCAAGUUAUUUUGCUUUACUAUUUUGAAAUUUUGCAUUAGUUUCUGUCUGUUUUUUUUUUUUUUUCCAUUUGUUGUAUGUUAUACAAAUUGUGUGGGACCAAUCUAAGAAAAAUAAGGCGAUGCUUAAAAAAAUGCAAAUGCUCCUUGGAUGUAGAAAAAAAUAAUUGCUUUAGCAUUUUUGAAAACAUUUAUUUUUCAGUGGCUGGAUAAAACCUGAUUAUGCAUCCUUGCACAACUUUAAAACCCUCAUUUUACAACAUCUGCCUUAGAUAAAGUGCUUUUCUUAUAAUGGACAGAUGAGGUGUAAAUACUAUUUUUGUAUCUCAAUGUUAAAAGUUAUGGGUUUUUAUAUUACCUAAAAACGUGUAUAUUUUGAUUACAGUUAUGGACCAUCAUCAUGGAAAAAUAUAGUUCAAUAUAAAACGGUAAAAAUCAGGAUUACACUGUUUUCAGUCUUUAUCUUGUUCUUCAUGGCAUUCCUAGUUGUACUUUUUGCCUUCAAUAAAUUUCUUACUCCAG